UUUGCAGACUUUAGAUUUAAAGUUCUGUGUGUUUUGCAUCCAGCUAAAGCAAGUCAGCUUAUUGCAGGUGAACGAGGCCCAGCUGGGGAGCAAUCAAGCCAAUCAACCGGGGGAAUGGAGGAGCCAAAACCAACCCUACAAAGCCUGAUCUGCUGCCCGGGUUAGUGUGUUGCAAAUCAGAGGAAACUCAGAAUAUUCACUUCAGCAUGGCGGUGUCCACCACAAUUGUUUUAUGCCUUUUCUUUGGAGCCUUUUCAGCUGCGCAGGACUUCAAGUGGAAGACUCACUUGGCUCAAAGCAGGUCUGGAGCCCAGAGACCAAACCAACACCCUCCAGCUCCGCUCCAGAAGAAGCAGUCUCAGGAGGAACCUUUGUCCUGGAGGUAUCCAGAGCACCCGGCUGAGGAGGAGCCUCGGUUCCCUCCGGAGUUCGAGUCCAAGGUUCCGUCGGCGGCGGAAAGUGUCACAGCCAUCUGCGGGGAGAACUUUGUCUGGGUGGAGGCCAAGAAGGACCUGCUGGGGAUUGGCAAACCUAUCCUGUCUGCAGACCUCACGCUGGGCGGAUGUCCCGCCACUAGGAAUGACCCGGAGAGCCCGGUCCUGCUCUUUGAGUCCCCGCUCCAUGGAUGCGGCAGCCACCUGCUGAUGUCUGAGGACUCGUUCAUCUAUGUCUUCACGCUCCUCUACUCUCCCAGUCCUCUGGGGUCCACUCAAAUCAUCCGAGCCAGAGACGUCACCAUCACCAUCCAGUGUCACUACCACAGGAAGCAGGAUGUGAGCAGCGCGGUGUUGACUCCGACCUUGAGUCCCUUCAUUCACUCUACUGCCUCGGCAGAUCAGCUGUACUUCUCCAUCAAACUCCUGACCGAUGAUUGGCAGUCCUCUCGUUCGUCCGCUGAGUUCUUCUUGGGAGACAUGAUGAAGUUUGAGGUAUCGGUCAGACAGUUUCACCACGUCCCGGUCAGAGUGACUGUGGACCACUGCGUGGCCACGGUGCUCCCUCACGUCGACACCGUUCCCCGCUACGUCUUCCUGGGAAAUAGGGGGUGUCUGUUCGACAGUCAGCUAACUGGCUCCAGCUCUCGGUUCCUGCCUCGGUCGCAGAACGAGAAACUGCAGUUCCAGGUGGAGGCCUUCAAAUUCCAGCAGGACAACAACGGCGUGCUCUACAUCACCUGCAACGUGAGGGCCACGGUAGCCGCAGUAGGUGUUGAUGCCACCAACAAGGCCUGCUCCUUCUCCAACGGGUGGAGGGAGGCCAGUGGCAACCAUAAAGCCUGUAGCUGCUGUGACUCAGACUGUGGCACAGGAGGCAAAGGUCAUGUGACUAAGACGGGAGCUCAGUGGGAAGAGGAGCGAGCCGUGGGACCGAUCACAGUGAGGGAGAAACCUCUAUGGCAAGCUAACUAGAACAUUUAAGAUGUGGAUGAGAUUAAAACUUGUACUGAGAAUAAAUGAAGUGCUAAAAGUA